CAACUUCUUCCUUCCUUCCUUUGCCUCUUCUCACUCAUCAAGCAGCACCACCAACAACCACAACUCUAAACCGUGCUUCUCUUCCUCAAAGUUACACCGCGUUUGGAUAUUCAAUGAAACCAAAUUAAAACCAAUUAAAAUGUAGCGAAGGAAAUAUUAUAUAUAUAUACACAGAGUAAGAGGAUUAAUUGAAUUUUGAAAAAAUGGCUUUCCACGACCAUCAUCUCCAGCACGAAAUCGCGUUCCAGCGUUUCGCGGAGGAGCAAGAGCUAUCAGAGAACAGGGACAUGCCGCCGCCGCAGCCGACGUGGCUGAACGCUCAGCAGCGGCAGCAGAAUUUCAUGCACCUGCAACCGGAGACUUCGACGGCGGAGAAGAGCGGUGGUGGUGGUGAGGAUUUGAGGGAGUACAAAGCUGACAUCCUCGGACACCAGCUUUACGAGCAGCUGUUAUCUGCUCACGUUUCUUGCCUGAGAAUUGCGACGCCGGUGGACCAGCUUCCGAGGAUCGACGCGCAGCUUCAGCAGUCGCAGCGCGUGCUGGAGAAGUACUCUGCUCUUGGGAGUAAUCAUAGAGUGGUGGAUGAGAAGGAGCUUGAUCAGUUCAUGACGCAUUACGUUCUGUUGCUGUGUGCCUUCAAAGAACAAUUGCAACAACAUGUCCGUGUUCAUGCUAUGGAAGCAGUGAUGGCUUGUUGGGAUCUCGAGCAGUCUCUGCAAAGCUUGACAGGUGUAUCUCCAGGUGAAGGAACAGGUGCAACAAUGUCAGACGAUGAAGAUGACCAGGCAGAGAGCAAUGCCAACUUGUACGAAAGCAGCAUGGACGGUGCUGACAGUCUUGGCUUUGGUCCUCUAGUCCCCACUGAGAGUGAAAGGUCUUUGAUGGAGCGAGUCAGGCAUGAGUUAAAGCAUGAGCUCAAACAGGGAUACAAGGAGAAGAUUGUGGACAUAAGAGAAGAAAUUCUACGAAAGAGGCGAGCCGGGAAGCUCCCAGGGGACACCACAUCUCUUUUGAAAGCUUGGUGGCAAGCACAUUCAAAAUGGCCCUACCCUACUGAGGAAGACAAAGCUAGAUUGGUGCAGGAAACAGGGUUGCAAUUAAAGCAGAUAAAUAACUGGUUCAUAAAUCAAAGGAAAAGGAACUGGCAUACUAACCCCUCAUCAGCUACUAGCACCAAAACCAAGCGCAAGAGUGCAGGCGAAACCAGUAACCAGAGCUUCAUGUGAAUGAACUCAUGUUAGUCCAACAUGAACGUGAAAUGGUGGAAUCUGGAUGUAAAAGGGGAAUUUAUGAUAAAAUCACUGUAAUGAAAUAGUAUUAUUGGUUCAAUUACAAAAUGUAUUGUUGUAUAUGAGGCUGCUGCUUGAUUUCCUGAUAUUGAUUUAGAGAGAAUUAAUGUACUUGAUUAGAUUAA